AUGGCACGUGAUGAAACAGGUCUGCGGAGUUUGCGAAGACCAAAGGAACGUCAGGGCAGAACUAUCACGACGCCCUCUCUCUCGGUCCGGAGGCGCUCCGAUGGCGACCACCGCGGAGACCGGAUCUCGCGCACGAGAUCGGAGUCCAGGCAGAGGCCCAACGGCUCGAACGGCGGCUCUGGAGCCGGUGGAUGGCACAGCGAAGGGGUGCCGAUCGAGAAAGUGCGCCAGGGUGAUCGGAUGCCUGGGAUUGUCACCAACGUUGCUCCCUUUGGAGCCUUUGUAGACGUGGGUGCGGCCCGGAAUGCAAAGCUCAUCCUCGAGCCGCGACUUUGCCGUCGCUUCCAGGUGGGCGACCGACUGGACUGCGUCGUCAAGGAGGUCGAAUUGGAGAAACACCGCUUUUGCGUGACCUUACAUGAUGCUGAGGCGGAGCUGGCGGAAAAUCGAGUCCCAUUGGAGGAUCUGGCGGAAGGCGAUAUGGUCGAUGGUAUCAUCGACCAUACCAAUCCGUAUGGGAUUUGGGUCAACGUGGGCGCGGAGGUCAUCGGCCGACUCAAUGUGUCCAGGAAGUUCACCCACCACCUCGUGCCCGGGCAAUGCAUCCGCGACAUCAUCAUCCAACGCGUCGAUUUGAAGGAGACGAAGCUGGGGCUCACCUUGGAAGAUCCCGAGGUGCUGCUCCGGGAAACCGUCAUGAUCAGCGACCUCCUGCGGCCGGGCGCGAAGAAGCAGCCCGACGCGCCCAGUGUGCAGCCGGAGUGGGCCGAGCAAGCCACAAGGAAGGCCGAGCGGCAGGACCGACACGGGCGGGCGGAGCACCGCCCGGGCCGCGGCGAUAUCGCCCGGAGCGAGCGGAAGGAGCUGGGCCGGUCGACAGAGGCGCCUCAGUUGCCAGCUCCGUCGCUGCCACCCUCAUGGCCGCGGCCCAAGCCACCCAGCGAGGUGGCGAGUGAGGUGCGCUCAACGUUGCAGGACUCUCUUGAGACAGGGAGCAAGUUGCGCGUGGGACAGUUUGUGGAUGGCCUAGUGGUGGAGGUGUCAGCCAAAGUGGUCAUGGUGGACAUUGGCCUGGGUCAUUUGGCUGCCCUCGCCGUGGCUCCCUCCAUCCGCAUGCAGAUCCAGCGCGGUGACGAGAUCCAAGGCAUGCGCGUGGAGCGUGUGGAUUGGGACGACGAGCGUCAAAAAGGCGCCGUGGUGCUCUCACUGGAAGACCCUGAGCUGGCGAACGGCGGUUCCCCGCACGGGCCCGAGGAGGAUUGGAGGCCUUGGAGUUGGAGCCGAUGGAAUUCCUGGUCGCUGGGCUUUCCGCGAUGCGAUGACGAGGGUUGUGGGUGUUUAGAAGAGGGAGAACAAGGUUUCUGCUCUGCAGCCCUGGGCUGCCUCUGCUUCUUUGUGGGCUGUUCUGUUCACUUGUCAUCGUUUUAUGACCUUGAGGUGGAUCCAGAAUGGUCGUCGAACGUCGAAACUAUUGGUGAUCUUGAGGCACAUUCUGCGGCCAUUUGGGAGAAUUAUGGCUGGAAGGUGCUUCAGAAAGAAGGCUUUCACAGCGCAUGCCUGGACGGCGGUGGGCGCUUCUACUUCGCCCUCCUGGCAUCCAACAUGCUCUCGACUGAUCUGGGUGUUUGUGUCCCUGCCAGCUGUAACGAAGACGAGAUCACGUGGACCGUCUUCCCCUCGCUUUUCAAGCACUUCUUUGAUGUGGGAGCGCGCAGUGGGCUGCAGUUUGCGGUGCGCCUGCAUGAGUACAAGGAGCUCAGCUUUAGCUUCACCGACUUGACAGCCGGACAAGUGGGACUUCUUGUGGUCCUACUGCUACUGAUUCUGUGCGAGGCCCCGGGUGUUGACUCGUCAACGGGUGACUCCUGGCUCAGCUGGCUUCUGGUGGCGUUGGUAGCAGCUCAGGAGGUCAUGGUCUACACGCGCUGGAACAUGUACGAGUGGCUUCAGCAAAACAUGCUAUCCUUCUCCCGGGUGGAAGCUGCUGGAGGGAUCGCCUGGGAGGCUCUCCUGGCGUUUCAAGUCCUCCGUUUGGGUCUCGUUGCACGAGUCCACUCCCAGGCAAGUCAUGUGCUCCUGAUCCGUUUCCUUCAACUGCUUUUGAUCCUCGGAGCUUGGCAGCUGGCCACGCGCCAGCUACAGGAGCUCACGGUGAAUGUCUUCUCAAAGGGCGCGUGGUUCCACGACUGGCGCGGCUGCUUCCACGAAGCCAAUGAGCCGUUGCUUUUGCUCGCUGGCCGAGACUGCCGGCACCUGCUGCGCCUCCGAACAGAGCUGGUGUAUAUAGCUGCGACGCUGCCAAUGAUGCUUCUGGCCUCUUGGCAACCGAUGGCUGCUGUACUUUUGGCCGCCUUGAGCGCUGCUGCAUGGCCGAUGCUGGCAGGGCCGUCGUUCUUGGCGCAGGACUUGGGUGUUCAAUCUGCGCUGAUUCUGGCCGCUGCUUCGAUCCUUUCUUUGGAUUCAGUGGUGCUCAUGAACUUCAAAACCAAGUCUUUAGCGGUGGCACUGUCCGGCAUCGCCUUGGCACUGCUCUAUCUCGAUCCGGAGGAGCUAUCCAUGCUCACGCCCGCGAUGAAGAGAUACUCGAAGGGCCUUCUGUGGCCGCUCCUCUUGGCGUCGCUCGCCCCUUUUCGCACGCUCGCUGACGCGCGCGGCGACUCAACGUCGCUGCACCCGUUGAGUCGCGCGGACCUGGCGCUGCCGGCGCUGCCCGUGGUCCUCUUCGUCCUCGAAGGCUACUUGGAACCUCAUGGCAAGGACUUCACCUUCUGUGACUUCUUUGCUCGCCUGGGGGGGAUCCUGACGCUGACCGCCGCUGGGGGGGCACUUCAACGGCGCCUCCUCGUGCGCGUUGGUCCAUCGCGCGACACGCGACAAGGAGAGGUGAAGUCUGGUGCUCCAGGAUGGCUUUGCUUGGCAGCCCCAUCAGACACGAAGUCGAAGUGGACGAAGCCGCUGCGAAGUCGGAUCCCAUUUUGGGAAGUGGCAGAUUCACUGAGCACUGGGCACAAUUUCCGGAAGAACAUUUUGGCGAGCCUCGAGUUGAUCAUCGCAGCUGCGGUCUUGGAUGGUUUGGAUGGUCACGUCGCCAGGUUGUUGGACGCGGUGAGCGUCUUCGGUGGGGAAUUGGACUCCUUGGGUGACCUGGUGAACUUCGGCGUUGCACCAGCCUUGGUGAUGUUCGCCUGGGCGGAUCAGCAGCGCGGCUCCGACGCAGGCGGGGCAGCGGAGGGACCGUGCGAAUGGACCGAGGUGGCACCGGGAUGUUUCACCAGAGGCUGCACGUCUGUGCUCCGACGAGGAAGGGAGUGGAAAGGUGUAGGCGCGAGGGGGAUGAUUCGGAAUCGACAGGAAGGGCCCUGCUAUGACGCGCCCUGCUAUGCAGGAGCUUCUUGUGAUUUGAACGACACUGGCAAGAGCAGCAGCGACACCAGCAGCACCGAUGUGCCACGCGCAUUCAUUGCACGGUCCAAGUUCUUCACGGGCGCCAGGGAACACAGAUGCUACAAUGCUGUCACGGGGGCAGCGUCAAGUGAGGAUGAGAUUUGGCGGCUGCCUCUCUUUUGGCAGCUGGAUUCCAAUGGAAUUCCCUUUGGCUGGAAGGUGCAUCAGGUGGCGAUUUCGGUGCUUUUGAUCUCGGCGUUCCUGAUGGUCUCACAUUUGAAGACCCUCAGCAGGGAGCGCCCAGCUUACGCGUCGCACCUGCGCAUUCGCUCACCUUGGGAGGCGUGGGACGGGGUUUCGGUCGAUCGACCCGGAGGUCAGGGGAUGCUGAAGCUGGCGGGUGUUUUGGGUGCUUUAGCCGCCGCCUUCUUUUGCUCGCCCUGGAGGAUGGUGUUGGUCUUGGAAUUUACCUACAUCGCCAGCUUAUUCGCCAUGGGGCCAAGAAAGGAGAUGCGAAAUGCGGACAGUGUCCGGCGCGAGGCGUGA